AAAUAUGGGUGGUAAAUCUACAUACAUCCGUCAAGUGGGUGUGAUCGUGCUGAUGGCACAGAUUGGUUGUUUUGUACCAUGUGAUGAGGCAGAGCUAAGUGUGGUGGACUGCGUGCUCGCUCGAGUGGGUGCGGGGGACAGCCAGAUCAAAGGAGUGUCCACCUUUAUGGCUGAGAUGCUGGAGACAGCUGCUAUUCUUCGAUCAGCCACAGAGGAUUCUCUCAUCAUUAUUGAUGAAUUGGGCAGAGGCACAUCCACAUACGAUGGCUUUGGUCUGGCCUGGGCAAUCUCUGAGUACAUCGCCACCUGCCUCAAGUCCUUCUGCCUGUUUGCCACUCACUUCCAUGAGCUGACGGCACUUGCACAGCAGGUUCCCACUGUCCGUAACCUCCACGUCACUGCCCUGACCACAGACAGCACUCUCACCAUGCUCUACAAGGUGAAAAAGGGCGUUUGUGACCAGAGCUUUGGGAUUCAUGUGGCAGAGCUUGCUAACUUCCCCAAGCAUGUGAUUGCUAAUGCACGGGAGAAGGCUUUGGAGCUAGAGGAGUUCCAGGAUAUCUCAAGAGCCGGGGAGGAAGCUGGACCCGAAGCCAAGAAACGCUGCCUUGAGAAACAGGAGGGGGAGAAGAUCAUCGAGGCUUUCCUGGCUAAGGUUAAAUCAAUGCCUGCUGAAAGCAUGUCUGAUGAGGCUGUCAAAGAAGAGCUGCGCAAACUCAAGGCAGAGGUCAUUGGACAAAACAAUAGCUUUGUUAAUGAGAUGGUGUCACGUUCUGCCAAAGUCAAACUGACUUCAGCCUAAGGGCUGAGCAUUGGCUUAGUGGAUAAAAGUCCAACAUUUCUGUCAAAUUGUUUGUAUAAUGGAAAUGGAUAUAAUCUAUAGUAGAUUAGAAAAACAUUCCAUUUUAGCACCAUCCUUUUCUUUUCAAAUGUUUUUUUUUUCAGGUUAUUUUGCAAAUUGUUGCCACAUUCCUGUGCAUUCUGUCAUCAUAAAUUCUC